CUUCCAUCACCCCCCUCCGUCCUAUGCUCCUGUCUCGUCAGUAACGUAAUCUUCUCUUCAACAAAUCUUUUGUUUCUCCUAUCUAGCUCCGCAGCAAGAAAGAGAAAAUUGAAGCGAAAAUGGCAGCGAUGGCUGCAUUUCAGAGUUCCAUGGCUUCUCUCUCUCUUUCACCCAGUUCCUUCUUAGGCCACCGAUUUCCGCCCUCCCUCGGUACUGUACCGGUCAAGUCGGUCGAGAAUCCAUGCCUCAUUGUAAUGAAGCUUAAGAGAUGGGAGCGGAAGAAAUGUAAACCGAACAGCCUCCCGGUGCUCCACAAAAUGCAUGUUAAGGUGGGUGAUACAGUGAAAAUUAUCGCUGGACGUGAUAAGGGUAAAACUGGAGAGAUUUCUGCAAUUUUCAGGCAUAACAGCACUGUGAUGAUAAAAGAAAUAAAUCUGAAGACAAAGCACAUGAAGAGCAGAGAAGAGGGUGAGCCAGGGCAGAUUAUCAAGGUUGAAGCACCCAUUCAUAGCUCAAAUGUGAUGCUCUACUCCAAAGAACAGAAUGUAGCAAGUAGAGUGGGUCAUAAAAUUCUUGAGGAUGGAACUCGAGUUCGUUACCUCUUGAAAACUGGGGAAAUAAUUGACAGUGCAGAGAAAUGGAAAAGAUCGAUAAAAAAUACUGAGGAAGCUGAAAAGGUGGCUUCAUAGAGCCUAGAGUUUGGAUCCUAUAUUCCAUGUAAGUAUUAGGAAUUCUCAUGCUUUCUUUAGCUGUUCUUGUUCUCUCUUUUUUUUUUUUUGCUGAAAACUGUUCUUGUUCUCUUGAUGGCAAAUAGUUUGGGCUUUGGAUCGGAUUUUGCUUUCUGAUAUAGGCAGCCUCGUUGUAGUUGUAAUCCCUUUGAAGGAUGUAUUUAGUUGUAUCAGAAUUGUGAAAUGUGUCAGGCUGAAGAAUUAAAGCUGGUGGGAUAUGCAUCGGGAUGUAAUUUAAGCAUCUCAGUGGUAUAUCAUGUACGUGGGAAUCUAGGAAAUAGGAUUUUGUAGUUCCUUGUUAUUCUCAUUAUAACUGGCCUAUAUUGCAUUCAUGAGAAAGUUUACAGUAGCA